AUGGAAGCCAUCAGCGACUUUAUGAUUAUGGUUUCUACAAACACCGACCUUAUUCAUCUUAAGUCCCGCAUCAUCGAAACUGCCUUUAAUAUCCCCGAAGAAAAACGCCAGCCAACAAUGCUCCGUGCUCUAAACUACUACAAAAAUACUUAUCAACGGGCCGUCGAUGAAGGCAUCAAAAGCGGCGCUUACCGCCCAUCCACGCCAAGCAAUAUAAUCCCGAAAAAGAUGACCUUCGACGUCUUCACGAUCCUGAGCCACAAAAAUUGGUCUGAUCUAUGCGCAUACAUCGUGCUCCAUCUUUUGGAAAACCCGGAUUUCCAAGAGAUUUGGUACACGCCAAACCUAUGUUUCUACUUGGCAAAGUAUGGUGGGAUUGGCACGGAACAGGUCGAUAGGGCGCGCCGAUGGGUGGUGUUCCAGAACAAGAUCGCGAUGGAAGAACGAGAAAGGCAGAAACCGGCCCUUCUCGAAAACCUUAAGGCAAAGGCGCAGGAAAAUUUGAAGACGUUCGGGAAGUCGUUCGGGCUGGUCACAUCGGCUUCGGAUUCGCCAGCUGAAGCAAGCGUCAGUCGCCCUCAGACGGCUGAGGCACGCGACACGUCAGUGCCGGAUUUUCUCUGCUGUACAAUUUGCACGGAAGCCUACGACGAGGAAUUGAGAAGGCCACUGAUCCUGUCGCCAUGCGGCCACACAUUUUGCGCGACGUGCCUGACCGAAAGGAACAUUGGUGUCUGCUGGGUGUGCAACCAGCGGAUCGAGGGCAUGCUGCGCAACUUUGAGGUACAACGCGCCAUCGACGCCCACCAGGGGCCAAAUCGGCCGAGUCUACCGGUUGACCAACGGCGCGAGGCCCAGAUUGAGGCCCCGACACCAAAGCCUCCCAGUUCGCCGCCCCUAUCCGUGCAAAAAGAGGACACCGCCGAGCAAAUAACCGCUCCUGCUUCUCCGCCGCCUCCCGUCCCGGCCCCUCGCGUCACGAAACCAACGUUAUCAAAGAAAAAUUCCAUCGAUAAACCUGAAGCGACGUCUGACGAGGUUUUAGAAGAGCUGUUGGGUGGCGGCAAGGAGUUGAAUCAGAGAGGUAUUCGGCUGCAACCAGCCAGAGUCGGACAGUUGUGUAUCGUUUCGUUUAAGAGCGAAGAGGCGGCGAAACAGGUGAUUGACACCUUCCAUGAUAAGCCGUACCCCAAUACACAAAAUGUUAUCCUGAACAUUACCUACUUCAAGAAAAAAAGUGUCCAGCCGGCAACGCCGGCCCGGCCCGAAACCGGCUCAAAGAGUCGACCCUCAUCGCCGGCCAGGAGCGUUAGCCACCAAUCGGAACGACCCGCAAACAACCAAAAUCGUCGGCGCCCAUCGCCGACGAGAAGCGUUUCUGCUGGUUACGCCGGCGCUCACCGCGGAUCAGCAUUGCCACCAGCAAUGCUCAUGACGCAAAUGCCGCUCCAAUUUCAUCCUAUCGCUCCAUCACCGUACAUGCAUCCGCUCCCCAAUCUCGAAUCAUGCGGCCUACCCUACUAUGCCAUGCCCUCGCCUGUCCCGCUGAUAUCCCGACAGCUCACCCCCGAAGUUCCGGCGGCAAAGGACGAGAAGAAGCAGGAAGCCGCUAAAAACAAAAAAACAACGACCGAACAAAACAAAGAAGGAGCUGCCCAUGCCGAUCCGCGUAAAAAAGAUGCAGCUAAAACACCACGUCUGGACAAAAGCAUCAUAUGCAUCCGCCGACUUCCCUCAAAUGUCACACCCGACGGGCUGAUCACCACCUUUUUCGGUCAUGACCUCAACCUCAAGCAGGAGAAUGGCCGUCCGAAGCUCUACUUAGUCGACAACUAUUAUAUUAAAGGUACCAAAAUUAUGGUCGCCUAUUUGACGAGCGAGGACCUCGCCGCCAAGACGAUUAAAACCUGGAACUGGAAAUCGUACCCGGGCGACGACCAAAAAUUGAACGUCGAGUACUACGCCUCUGCGGACAUGUUCAACCUAAUUUCGAUCUUUCACAAUAUGGAGCUCGGGGGGACGAAGAUCACCUUUGCCGACCCGCCCGGGUUUGAUUUUACGGUCCAGCCCAACGGGUUGAAAUCGUGUAAAGUGCGGUUCGCGACGAAGAAUAUGGCCAGCCUGAUCGCUACAUACUACAAGACGGCCAAUUAUCCGGGAACCGACCAUACCUACCACUCGGAAUUCUGU